AUGGCGAUUAAGGGGUCUCCCGGCAGGUCUCCGAAUAGCAUCGCUGUUGGAUGGGUGCUGCUCGCAGUCUUCCUUUCAAGCGCGGCAUUAGCUGAGUCCAAGACCAUCAUAGUGGGGUAUGGCAUAUUCAGCCCCUGGCGGUACGGAGUCUCUGGAUGGAAGCCCUUCAGGACAGUCCAACCAGGCGACCAGCUCAUGUUCAAGUGGUUGGGGGAGCACGAUGUGUGGCGAUUCCCCACGAAGAUCGCGUACGACAAUUGCGACUUCACCCUCGCGACCCAGCUACACCCCAAGACUGGCAUUUUCGGGGCCCACUAUUUUUACCCUGUGAAGGAUAUCCACAAGGGAACCACCCUCUAUUUUGGGUGUGCAGUGGGGAAUCACUGUGCUCGUAAGAUGAAGGCCAAGGUUGUUGUCUCCUGA